AUGAGACAAUGUCAAAAUGGAGCAUUUGGCAUGUAUUACUAUCAUAAGAGCAAGCAAUAUCGUUCUAUUGUGCAGGUAAUAAGAAAACAUGUAUUCAGGGGUUUAUCAAAGCUUGAAGUUGAUCAAAAAACCACUGAAGUAAAAGAGGUUAGGGUUAUUAAAAAGUACUCCGUGAAAAGAAAGGCAGAACGUUCCAUCUUGAAAAGGAAGUUCGCAACAAAGAAACAGAAAAGCAACAAUUAUUGCAAGAGGGAGGUCAAAAAGUUUCUCAAUGAAACAAUAAACAACUUCAUGAAUAGGGAUGUCAAACACAAAAACAAGGAUUUUGGAAUGUCAGAACAAGAUUCCUCCUUGAAAAGAAAAAUACAAUCUUCAAUCUUGGAGGGAGAACCUAGAACAAAGGACCAAAUAAGAAUAUUAUUCACACCAAAGGUCACCGAAAGGUUCAUGGAUUCAACAAAUUGUGGUGGCGUUGGUGUUGAUGUUAGUAAUGGUGAAUUUGGUGAUGUCAUGGGAUAUGGUGAGGGUCAUGGAUCCAGUGCAAACAGUGGUGGCAAAGAAAGGAGGGAGAGGCCUUGGUAG